AUGACUAUCAACCCUACCUACCUGGCGCAGCGCACUCGCUCCUCUGUCAACUGGGGCGAUGCGAAAUACCGAGUCCUGAAGUCGUACCGUGAAUGGCUCCGCGCGUCCCCGGAGAUCCAGACCAUGUACUCCCUGGGCAUGCCCGUGUCUGCCAUCCGCACCAAGAUCCGCCAGGAGUUCGAGAAGAACCGCUACGUCAGCCAAUUGAACGUUGUGGAUGUGCUUUUGUACCAGAGCCACGCCGAGUUCCAGGAAACCCUUAACUACUGGAAGCAGCUCUCUCAUGUUAUGAAGUACUUCCGCCCAGAAGAAGAUCCCGGCGCCCGGCUACCCCGCAACUUUGUGUCUGGCUUCCUCGAGGGCCGCAAUUAA